AUGAAGACUGCCGCAUCCUACAAAGCAAACAAGAUGAAAACACAUGCAGAUACAACUCAAGAAUCUAACCACGUAGCAUUUGACUCAGAUGAAAAUACUGAGUACGUUGUUCCUACCAAUAAUCAAAGUCCAAUGACAACGCUCUCAUCAAGUGGUGCUUCUAAUAGCUCGCGUUACCUCGACGAAAUCGCCUUACUAAAACGCGGAAAAAUUACUCGAGAUACUCCGAAGCACACGUAUAGGAGAGGAAUAUCUGCUGAGGAUUCUAAGCCUAGUACUGUCCUGCCUAUCACAAUGGCCGAGCUGAACAGCCGUGGGCUUAGAGUCGAUCAUGAUCACGUGGUCUACAAUAUCCCGGAAAGUUCGGAGCAAAGAACAACUUCGUUAAAUUCGAAAACAUCACAUUUGAGAAGUUCUUCAGGAAUUAGCGCUACCUCAUCGACAUCAGGCCUAAGCUCUAUCCACAGCGUGAUAAAAUCACCUAAGAAUGUAAAGGAGUACGAAGUAGGGACUCCUGAAGAAAAUGCAACGUUGCGAGUCAGUUCAAUAGCAAACAAAGGCAGAAGUUAUGAGCUGAAUGUUGACAACGAUGUUUGCAUUUUGCAGCAAAGUUUUAAGAAUGUCGUUCUCAUUACGUGGAAGAAUUAA